CUCUGUCCUCAGUCCUUGGCUGGACCUCAGGAGACCAGGCUGGGCUGGACGCUGCUUCCUCUUGUCCCCUCAGGCCCUUGGAGGAGGAGAGAGAACCUCCUGCAGAACCCAGGCUCGUCCCCAGUGCUCACGGUCCCCGCCCGACGGCUGUCCCCCGACCCCAGCCGGAGCCAUGGAUAAAUUUCGCAUGCUCUUCCAGCACUUCCAGUCCAGCUCGGAGUCAGUGAUGAACGGCAUCUGCCUGCUGCUGGCCGCGGUCACCAUCAAGCUGUACUCCUCCUUCGACUUCAACUGCCCCUGCUUGGCGCGCUACAACGCCCUCUACGGCCUGGGCCUGCUGCUCGCGCCCCCGCUCGCCCUGUUCCUCUGCGGCCUCCUUGCCAACCGGCAGUCCGUGGUGAUGGUGGAGGAGUGGCGCCGGCCCUCGGGGCACCGGAGGAAGGACCCAGGCAUAAUCAGGUACAUGUGCUUCUCUGUGCUACAGAGGGCGCUGGCCGCCCCCCUGGUCUGGAUCCUGCUGGCCCUCCUUGACGGGAAGUGCUUCGUGUGUGCCUUCAGCAGCUCCGUGGACCCUGAGAAGUUUCUAGACUUUGCCAACAUGACCCCCAGCCAAGUACAGCUCUUCCUGGCCAAGGUACCCUGCAAGGAGGACGAGCUGGUCAGGGACAGCUCUGCUCGGAAGGCAGUGUCACGCUACUUGCGGUGCCUAUCACAGGUAAUUGGGGUGGUCCUCCCCACCCUGGCACCCUUGCAAAUGUCCUGCAUUGGCUCUGGGGUGGGGUGGGGUGGUAAGGACGUACAAAUGAGUCCUGAAGCUCCUCCCUUCUCUGGAGACACAACCAAAAAGCAGGUGGUGCAUGGGGAGAUCCAGAGCAUGACAGGACAGUGUGGGGCCUUUGACACAGACCCUCCCCAGGCUUUGAUAUUCUAG